UCUUUCGUUGGCGGCUCUUCCUUUUCCUUCUAGAGUGACCCACCCCUCCAUUUCUCUCUCCUAGGGUUUUUCUCUCUUCUAGGGUUUCUCUCUCUCUCUCUCUCUCUCUCUCUCUCUCUCUCUCAGGGUUUCGUGUUCUACCAUCGCGCGGCACCUCUCCUCCGAAGAUCUGAUCAUGGCCACCGUCGCUCCUGCGGCAGAUCAGGCUACAGAUUUACUGCAAAAACUGUCAUUAGAUUCUCAGACAAAGACCCUUGAAGUUCCUGAGGCAACCAAAAAGAAGCCUUCUUCUAUUCCAUAUGGGUCUGUGGACUCUGGUGAAGUGGCAAGCGUGCCGAUCCCAUCAUCUGAGCGGUCUACGACCCCUCUACUUCAGGAUUUCAUGGAUCCGAGCAUGUGUUAUCUUCCCAAUGGAUAUGGUCCUACCACAUAUUACUAUGGAGGUUAUGAUGGUCCAAUUAAUGACUGGGAGGAAUACCCUAGAUUUGUAAAUCCAGAUGGAGUGGAGAUACCUCCUCAUGGAGUUUAUGGGGAUAAUGGGUCUCUUAUGUAUCACCAUGGAUAUGGAUAUGCGCCUUAUGGUGCAUACCCUCCGGCUGGUUCCCCAGUUCCUACCAUGGGUCAUGAUGGUCAGCUCUAUGGCCCCCAGCACUACCAAUAUGGAGCUCCUUAUUACCAGCCACCAACUCCACCUAGUGCACCAUACACACCUAAUCAAGCCCCAGCUACCCAGGGUGAUGUAUCCACCUCUGUUGCUUCUGAUCAGGUGCCCCUCUCGGUAGAAACGGGUAAUGGAAACGCCAAUGGAAUUGCAAAUGGAAGUGUGAACAGCAAGGGAACAACACCACUGCGGCCGAGCUACCCGACCGCAUCCCUAACUUCAAAUGGUUCCAAUGGAAGAGGUGUUUUGCCAAGUGGUGCUCCUGCUUCCGGUUACCAGGACCCAAGAUAUGGAUUUGAUGGAAUGCGGUCUCCUGUCCCAUGGUUUGAUGGUCCCAUUUUCUCUGAUGGGCAGCCCAGACCAGCCACAAGUAGUUCCAUCUCUUCAACAGUUACACAUGUCAGUAACAUUCCAUCAGCGAGGACUCAGAAUCUUCGCCCCCUCACACAUCUCAUGGGUUUGCAUCCUGCAAGACCUACAUCUGGUAUGGGUUCAGCCCAUGGAUUCAUGAAUAGGAUGUACCAGAACAACAGGAUGUAUGGCAGUGCAGUUAGAACUGGACCUGGUUUUGGGUCUAAUGGUUAUGACACAAGAACAAAUGGUCGCGGUUGGUUGGCUGUUGACAACAAGUACAAACCACGGGGAAGAGGUAAUGGACUCUUCGCUUAUGGCAAUGAAAACAUGGAUGGGUUGAAUGAGCUAAACAGAGGACCAAGAGCUGGCCGCUUCAAGAACCAAAAGGGAUUUGCACCCAACAUCACAUUAGCAGUCAAGGGACAGGCUCUCCCUUCAAACGGAAGUAAUGAUGAUUCCCCUGCAGUACCGGACAGGGAUCAAUACAAUCGAGUAGAGCUCCCAGUCAAGUACUCAGAUGCAAAGUUCUUUGUUAUAAAGUCAUACAGUGAGGAUGAUAUCCACAAGAGUAUCAAAUACAACGUCUGGGCAAGCACAGUUGGUGGAAACCAGAAGCUCAAUGCUGCAUACCAGGAAGCUCAGGAGAAGUCGGGUGGCUGCCCUGUAUUUUUGUUCUUUUCCGUCAACACCAGCGGGCAGUUUGUUGGUGUGGCAGAGAUGGAGGGGCCAGUUGAUUUUAAUAAGAGUGUGGAAUAUUGGCAGCAGGACAAGUGGACUGGUUGUUUCCCAGUGAAGUGGCAUAUUGUAAAGGAUGUGCCCAACAGUUUGCUGAAGCACAUCAAACUUGAAAACAAUGAGGACAAACCUGUCACGAACAGUAGAGAUACUCAGGAGGUGAAGUUUGAUCAGGGCGUGGAAAUUCUAAAAAUUUUCAAGGAUCAUUCUAGUAAGACAUGCAUCCUGGAUGAUUUUAUGUUCUAUGAGGGCCGUCAAAAGACGAUGCAGGAAAAAAAGGCUAAGCAGCAGUUUCAAAAGCAGGUCUGGGAUGGGAAGGCAGCCAAUGCUGCCACAGCCCCUGCAGAUGAGAAAGAAAAGGAUGGGUCGAACCCCAGAGUUAGAUUGCAGAAUCCGUUGGAACUGUCAUCAUCAGUUCCGAACAAGGAAUCUGGCCAGGGUCUUGCAGAAGGAAAGCCAUCUGAGGAGAAUGGUUUGGUCGCAGGAGCUGGAGAUGCCCCAAAGGGUGCUAAGCCAGCAACAGAGAAGCGAGCUGUAGCUAAUGGGGUUGCGAAUGGUUGCUAGAUGAUCCAACCCUUCUUUAACCUGCAGUCGGCCGUGGUUUCUUAGAGAAGUGGUUCAGACAUAAGUUUUGCCUGGUUAGAAACUUAUAGUAUACAGAGAAGGGCGCUGGCUGAGUUUUCAAGGCUGCGGUUGGCAUCAGGUGGCUUGUCAUGCUUCACAAGAAAUAAAUGAGAUAAUUUGAGUGUGGUGAGCCAGUUCAUAUGGGCUUUUGCUGCUUUAGCAGUCCCUUCUGCAUUAGGUACUUGUCUUGGGUUUUUAUAGUUUGUUAGUGGUGGGUUUAUUUAGCUUCUAACAGUUUUCCUUUUAUCCCUUUUUUUUUUUUUGUUUUCAUUCUGUUUUGUUUUUUUUUUUUUUUUGGUGGUUUUGGGGGUUGCGUUGGGGGGUUGGAUUAGGGUGUCCUUUGUUUUUCGUUCAUGUCUUUACUUUUCAUGUCAUGCUAUGCCCUUUUUCCUCUCUUGUAAAUCUAUGUUGUUGUUGAGCUUUUGUAUCUGUAGUAAGGGGACAUGAAGCCAGGUGAUAGUAUUUGCAAUAGAGGAGUUGAAGAGCCAAACAGUUUUCUUA